AUGAUAGAAUUGAUUCACACAUUUCUCAACUUAGCAGCUCCCCCUUUCACCUUCUUCUCCCUUUUGUUUUUGUUGCCGCCCUUUCAGGUAUUCAAGUUUUGCCUCUCUGUUUUGGGUACCCUUUUCUCUGAAGAUGUUGCCGGCAAGGUUGUCCUAAUUACCGGCGCUUCUUCCGGCAUAGGCGAAAGCCUAGCUUACGAGUAUGCUAAGAGAGGGGCGUUCUUGGUUCUGGCGACUAGGCGAGAAGGAAGUCUCGGUCGAGGAUUGCAGAGGAUUGUUGAUCACACUAUGAAUCAUUUUGGUAGAUUGGAUCAUCUGGUGAAUAAUGCUGGAAUUUCGUCUGUGGCCAUGCUUGAAGAGGUUGAUGAUGUCACUGAUUUUCGAGCCGUUAUGGACGUGAACUUCUGGGGUUGUGUGUACAUGACGAGGUUUGCAGUUCCUUACCUAAGGAACAGCCGAGGCAGAAUUGUGGUGAUUUCUUCGUCUGCUUCGUGGCUGCCUUCACCAAGAAUGAGUAUUUACAACGCGAGCAAAGCGGCAAUUUCACAGUUCUUUGAAACCUUGAGGGUGGAAUUCGGACCGGACAUCGGAAUAACACUCGUUACGCCCGGAUACAUAGAAUCCGAGCUCACUCAAGGCAAAUUCUACACCAAGGUUGGCAAACUUGAAGUCGACCAGGACAUGAGAGAUGUACAAUUGAGCUUAAUGCCGGUGCUUGGGGCCGAGAGGUGCGCGAAGGCAAUAGUGAGGAGUGCCGUUCGUGGAGAGAGAUACUUGACGGUACCGGCUUGGUUUAGAGUCACUUACCUGUGGAAGCUCUUCUUCCCAGAGGUGGUCGAGUGGAGUUUCAGGCUGCUUUCAUUGGGUAACUCACCGCUCGGCAAGAAGCUGGUAGACUAUACCGGAGCCAAGAGUGUGCUUUACCCCGACACGAUUCAGGCGGCUGAGACGAAACGAGAAUAA